AUUAGAAACAAUACAAUAACACACGCAAUGAAACAUAUUUUUAUUUUUGUUGCACACAUUCAACGAUUAACAAAAGUAAAACAUAUGUAUUUAGCGAUGAACUCUUUUGAUCAAAUAUUUUGAGUGGGUCAAGUAUUAACUAAAUGGUGCUGAAAAGGUUUCUAGCUUUCUAGUGUCGCCUAUUCUUUCCUAGCAAUUACCCUAGCCUAGUCUUCUGGGCUUGAUGAGAGUUUGGAGGAUUUGGGAAGAAAACUGUCUUAUACAUCCCCGCUCUGGAAUUCUAAGUGAUUCAUUCUUACCACAGAAGCAUGAGAGGAAGAGGCAUUGUGGCGGUUUCAUGUUCCCCCUUAACUUCCUAGAGGUUUAAGCGCCUUUGGCCCCCUUCGAUAAGAUUAGUUCUAUUGGCCUGUAACUGGAGUGGCUGUGCAGAUGGUGCUCAGAGAAGCUCAGACCUAAUAGAGGCUCUGGCUAGUGGGCUGGAGAGCAGACUGAUACCUGGACAGUAUCACUGUAAUCAGUGAGUCACUCACUCCUAGACCCACCUGAUCCGAUCCUCCGAAGUUCACUUGUAUAAGACAUGAGGUUGAUGAUCCACAUGCUUAGGUUGGCUUUGACUCCCUCACUCCUCUCUCACACAUCCCUGGCCCCUACUCUCCUCUCCUGUUGCCCUUUCUUACACGGCCCUGGCCCCAGCCAGCAGGGGGUGCUGUGUCUGCUAAUCAGUCCAGGGGCCGGGUUGGGAUAGACAGGCAAAGGGGAAAGGGGGAUACCUAGUCAGUUGUGAGUCGCUAACAAGGCGUUCUCCUGGCCCCUGCCGACCGACCCGCACCACAUGUCCUUGUAAUUGGCCGCUCUAGCAGUGUUAAUGAUGUUGGGCGGCAGGUGGCAGAGCGUGCAGUCGACCGUAGCCUCACUGGGCUGCUCAGGUUUCUGUGGCCUCCCUUGUCUCCCCUGAAUGCCCUAGACACCUCACAAAGACAUCAGGAAGUCAGGAAUUCAGGUGGAACCAAUGUGAUGUCACAGCACAGUGAAUCUGUGCAUGUGGAGUAAGACGUCGCUGUUGGUCGCUGUAUAAUUUACCUCAUGGUGCGCUCUUGUAUUCACUGAUGUCUCGAGAUCUCUACAGAGGCACACUGCAGUGAAGUAGUGAAGCAGAAACAAUGUUAUUAUAUUCUUUAUGAGUGAAAUGGCUUUUGUUUUGAAGACCUUUACUGAAUUACCACACCUAGUUCAUAAUGGUGUUUGGGACAGAAGGGCUUUUUUAGGCACUUAAAAAGGAGCCUAUAGCGAUUCAUAGAUGCAUGAUGUCCAUUAUUCCCCGCUAAAGUGCAAAUGUCCCUACAUUUAUGAGCUAUGUGUUUUCUUUUAGGACCUCUAGAAACCUAAAUUCCUUCUUAUCAUUGGUAUGGUCCAUUGGAAUCACUCAAGUAGGGCUAUGUGGUGCCAAAUAUCAUUAACAUCUGUGCAAAUACACCCUGAUGGAUUUACAGCUAGCAAACCACAAAUCACAUCUUUACUAACCUUUGGCCCCGGCAGAAAAACAUUAUAGGGGAUCACAUUACUGAUAUUAUGUCACGCAUGGCCAGGUCAAAGAGAGACACAGCACAGCAGAAUGGACAUAGACAAAUAAAACACAGAUGCCCUGUCUGUCUGUGUUCUCUGAAUGGAAAAAGCACUGCCAAAACAUGGCCGCCCCUGCUCCUACCCUACCACCACCACCACAGAGCCUGAAAGCCCACAGAUAAACAAUGGCAGACCCAGAAUAGAACCACACGCCACAGAUGGAUGUGUGGAAGGCAGCAAUGUCUCCAAAGCAGUGUGCAGUAAUGAUUCAGGUCCUGUCCCGCCAGUGGCCAGCUGUCUAGUCGGUUUCUUAUUCAUCGACAGCAAUGUCUCCAAAGCAGGUGCUCCCCUGUCCGCAAUCUCCAGUGGACAUCGCGCGAUGAUAUCAUAGGCAGUAAGUAUACAUCCAGAACACUAGCCUCUUCUAUCUCUUUUGCUCUAGCUUAUGAUCAUCCUAUCUCUCUCUAAUUUACUCCUCUCUUUAUCUCUCUAAUCUCUCUGUCUACUCUCUUCUUUCUCUCUCUCUCUCCUCUAUCUCUCUCUCUCUCUAUUUCUCUCUUUAUCUCUCUCUCUCUCUUCUCUCUCUCUCUUCUCUCUCUUCUCUCUCUCUCUCUUUCUAUCUCUCUCUCUGUCUCUGUCUCUGUCUCUGUCGCUGUCUCUGUCUCUGUCUUUGUCUCUCUCUCUCUGGUAUCGUCCUGUCAGUUGUAGGAGCAGAUCCUCAGGACUCACACAAUUUAUGCUCACUCAAAAGAUCAUCUCAGCAACAAUAUCAAUACUAUUACUGUGGUACACUUUAUUUGUUAAACACUGUUUAUAAAGGCUUUGCAUAAUGCUUAUAAUAAUAAUAAUAUAAUAUGCCAUUUAGCAGACGCUUUUAUCCAAAGCGACUUACAGUCAUGCGUGCAUACAUUUAUUUUUUUGUGUAUGGGUGGUCCCGGGGAUCGAACCCACUACCUUGGCGUUACAAGCGCCGUGCUCUACCAGCUGAGCUGGUAGAUGCUUCACAUCAUACUAAUACAAGUUUAUGUCAGUGAAGAGCAUGAAUUUGUGUCAUAGUAUUCACUGUUCAAACCAAAGUUGUAUGUGAUUUCCGUAUUAUCUUAUGUGAUAAUCCCAUUCCCAUGGCAACGGCCCCUCUGACUAAGUGGAAAAACGUUGUUUUCUCCCCAAUCUAGUGUGACAGCUUUGAGUGAUCGCUUGGUUGAGCCUGUAUACCUCUAAUCCCCAGGGAUUUUGUUCUAAGGCUGGCUAAUCAAACUGCCAGGAUUCAGCCUGAUGUAUUAUUGACCAGGGGGCUGUUGUUAAAGUGCAGUCAUCAGAGAGCCUCACGUUGAUUCGCUACAUCCUCAUUCUUUGAAGCAAGCACCCUUUAAUGCAACACUUUUAAGUGCACUUGUUACAAUUUAAUGGUAGUGUAAUAACCCCCCCCCCCCCCCCCCCCCCCCCCCAUCCCCCAUCACCCAUCACCACCCCUCACUCUCAACAGAUCGUAUUUGAUUCUUUCCUGGACAUGAGGAGAUGACCUUAACCUCAUUGUUCCCCUAUGUGUGUCAAUAUGGUGGCUGUCUGAGAGGGGGCCCAGAUAAUGAUGCUCUGGUAAAGUAAAGGACAUCACUCCUCUGGUUUGAUCCAGGGGAAAUCACAAAUCCCAGGUUCUCUGGGAGCUUAGUAAUAACCCUCCCCUCCACCAUCUCUCCAUUGCAGAUGUAGAUACCCAGAGCACUCUGGUCAGAUACCAUUCUCUCCCCAGAGUGCAAUCACUUUUCUGUUGUUGUAACACGCACAGAUCAGGUUUUGGCAGAGAGGCUUUCCACAGUCCAGGUAGGGGAGAUGGAAGGUGGAGGGUGGAGUGAUGAGUUGUAAGGGAGAAGGAGGAUUUGGGUUUGGUGCAUUAGCUAGCUCCUGAAGAGUAUAUCAACACUCUCUCUCCCUCAGGAUUGUUCGGCCCCAUCCACCAUGAAAUUAAGAAUUCCAUCUGAACCGACUGGCAGGGCUUGGGGGGAAACUCAAGCCUGGGAUUGGGCUUUAUGGAUGUAAGCAUCCAGCAGACAGCGAGCCGUCAGGCUGCAGACGUCAGAGCCUCUUGUCUUCUUGGCACGAGCCUGUCCACCCAAACACACAUUCUGGGGUUUGUUUUUAAAAUACUUCAACUUGUUUUGAAGGAACAGAGGAAUACCAUUUGGUAUGACCAAAGUAACUUUUUUAUUAUGGAAUAACCGAGUGAGACAGUGGAAGUUCAGGUUUUCUCUGUGUAUAUUUACCAAAAACUGUUACCUGAGCGACGAGUGCAUCGUUGGAGACUGGGCUUCGAUCAAAGCAGCAUUAGCUUUGUUUAUAUCGUGUUAGUAUGACAAUAAACGGUUCCACUGAAUUAUCCCCCUAGAGUCAAUCUAAGUAGCAUAAUAAAAAAAUCCCAAUCAAAAUCCAUCAGUUUUGCAUUGGAUGCAUCUCAAUCCACCGCAUCCGCCUAUGCUGAGCACUUGUUGGCUGCUUUUCCUUCACUCUGCGGUCCAACUCAUCCCAAACCAUCUCAAUUGGGUUGAGGUUGGGUGAUUGUGGAGGCUAGGUCAUCUGAUGCAGCACUCCAUCACUCUCCUUCUUGGUCAAAUAGCCCUUACACAGCCUGGAGGUGUGUUGGGUCAUUGUCCUGUUGAAAACAAAUGAUAGUCCCACUAAGCGCAAACCAGAUGGGAUGGCGUAUUGCUGCAGCAAAUGCUGUGGUUGCCAUGCUGGUUAAGUGUGCCUUGAAUUCUAAAUAAAUCACAGACAGUGUCACCACACCAUCACACCUCCUCCUCCAUGCUUCACAAUGGGAACCACACAUAAAGGAAAAGCAGCUAACAAGUGCUCAGCAUAUGUGGCAACUCUUUCAAGACUGUUGGAAAAGCAUUACAGGUGAAGCUGGUUGAGAGAAUACCAAGAGUGUGCAGAGCUGUCAUCAAGGCAAAGGGUGGCUACUUUGAAGAAUCUCAAAUAUAUUUGUUUAACACUUUUUUGGUUACUACAUGAUUCCAUAUGUGUUAUUUCAUAGUUUUGAUGUCUUCACUAUUAUUCUACAGUGUAGAAAAUAAUAAAAAUAAAGAAUAAACCCUUGAAUGUGUAGGUGUGUCAAACUUUUGACUGGUACUGUAAAUAUAUAUAUUUCCUGAGCUUUCUUAUAUCUCCUAGAUAAAGGACAAACACUUCAAAAUCUUGUUUCUUAUGAUUUUGUUUUUCACUGUCUUUUAUGCCAUUUAUGAAUGUUUUAUUCAAUGCGUUUUCUCUGGGUAAAGGCCAAAUUCAAUAUUUUAUCAAAUAAUUUGUUAUAUAUUUUUUAUACCUAAAUUCAAAAUCAAAUAGCUAAAUGAUCCAUAGUAUGACCAUCUUAAAACAAUUCCAUAUGUCAGCUUAGAACCCCCCCCCCCUCCACCCAACGGCUUAGACUUUUAAGAAUUCAAAUAAAAAUGCAGCCUAAGCAAAGGCUUUGUUUGUGUCUGUGUGUUGUGGUCGGGCUAGUCAGGUUUAAAUCAGCUUGAAUAACACCUACACAUUGGCUUAACCUAAGGAAGUGCAUUGUCUAACCGAUAAAAAGUAUCUCUAGUCUAGUAGCUCUCCCACUGCUCAGAGUUUAGUUUCUCAACCACCCACCUAAUAGACAGAGAGUGUUUGUGCUCAGGCAACACAUUCACUUGUGCAACCUCCUGCUGACAUGUGCCUGAUAAGCGCUACGUGUUUGUUUACGCGUGGCCAGUGUCUGUGUGCACUCAGGGCUCCUCUCAGAGCGCCUCGGCUCAGUUCAAACCUGGCGCCGUGGUCACUGUUCAGUCAAGAGGGUGGAAAGAACGAGCCAUGUCAUUGAACUCCAGGGGCAACGGAGAGGAAAGAGGAAAUCCCCUAAUCCUGUUUAAAAAAUAAAGGAUCUUGUUUUAAUUUGGGACUAGCUCUCUAUGCUCCCGUCCCUCCCUCCCUCCUCCCACCUACCGAUGCUCGGCAAAGCCAAUGGGAUGUUUAUCCUCAUAAUGUCUCCCUCACCUACCAGGGCAGCUCAGGCAGCACAGCAUGCUGUUUGUGUGCUGCCUUCAGCCUGGCCCUUAUUGCUGCCUUAUUAGGGAGUGUGUGUUUCUUAUACCCCUGUAAAGGAAAAGCACAAACAGUGAGAUUUCACCUCAUGUCUCUGGGCUGUCUGCUCUGGUCUGGACCCCAAAGAUAUGUCUGUCUGUCUGCCUGUCUGUCUGCCUGCCUGUCUGUUGGGUCUGUGGAAGCACAACUCUUGGUCAGCACUGUGGAGGAGAUCCACAUCGUUUUUUAUUUUCCCCUCAAUACACUGGUGCUGGGUCAGCAAUAAAUGUCCCGAGAGUAACUGAACCCUUUUAGAAAAAGACAUGAGCGCGUCUCCAAAAUAAGGGUUGAGGAGUUUCUGUAACUCAACCGCCAUGUUUACACGGCUCCGAAGCUCAGCACAAGGCCAAAUGUUAUAUAUACAGUCAAGGCUAUCUGAGAAACCAGCGGACAUGGCCUCUGCAAACACAACCAAUCUCUUAAUCUCCCUCUGUUUGAAUCUUCCCUUUUUCCCCUCUCCUCCUCGCAGCAAAGCGAGGGAUAGAGGGAGAGAUCUCAUUUUUCAUAACUGAGGCAGCCCUUUUAACUUGAUUAAGACAUUUUUUCCAUCCUCUCAAGAUAAUAAAAAAAAAAAAAACAUUUUAAGUUCAAAUAACAUGAUCACUUCUCCUGGCCGUGCCAGAAUCCCUUUCCGCUUGGAAAUAUUUGCUUUGGACGCCAGCCUUGCCUAGCACACAACACAGGCAAUUAUUGCAGCUAUUUGAACAGGAGAGAUCUACUGACAGGCAACGCCUCAUUUGGAGGGAUGAAGGAAUCAGGAAAUGAAACCUUCAUUGAUGCGCUGGAGGUUUGGAAAGAGAAUUCCUGAUUGGCUUUUUGUGGCUGACUGCUUGUUUGGUGUGUAUUCAUGCAUGUGUCAUGCGUUUAUUUCUCUCUAUCUAUGUGUCUGUGUGUGUGCCCACUUAUUUUGGUGUGUGUUUAUUUGGGUGUGUGUGUCAUACAGGUUGGUGUUUGACUUUACGGUUUAUCUGCAAAGGUGCAGCUGCAGGUUCCUUGCAGCUAAGCUGAAAGGUGUUACCCCUGCCACUCUCCCUUUCUUUCACUGUGGAGAAAGACUGUUAAGUUAAAGCCAAAGCAUCUGCACUGAGGCUGUGGUGGAUUGCAGCUCUGCUGCUCAAAUGGAGUACACUUCACUCUGAAACAGCUCCAACUUCAACCUUCAUAGGCCUUCCGGUCGGUACUUAUAACACUAACUUUAUUUAGCAUCUCUUUUCAAGAAUGCAGGGACAGACACGUCACCUGGCCAGCGAUAGUGCUCAGGUUUUCUCAGUGGGCCUGAGUGACAUGAUGACAUUGUUUUGAGAGGAGGCAGGCAGCGGUGCUGAUGGACUAGACCUGGAGGUCAGGAGGGUCACACGCCACUAACCCACUUAGCUACCCCAGAGGUUUCUGUCUAGUCAGGUUCCACUAUGACAUCACUCAAGGGAUCACUCUGGAGUUGGAGGUGUGUGUUUGCAUGCAUGUGUGUGUGCAUCGGUGUGUGUCUAUGUCUGUGUGAAAGAGAGGAGGACAGAGUGAAGUUUAAUUUCUAACUAUGCUGAGCUGAGUAUCCCCCAGAAAGGAAACUUAAUCCAGAGGCGUUCUCAGACUGGACAAAUAGACAGAAAAUCUGUUUCGCAUGACGGUUUAUUAAAAAAAGCCUUGUGUAUACAGCAGAUUAUUGAUGCGCUGAGCAUGGUGAUGGAUAGGGUUCCAGCGCUGUCCGUUGUCAGGGACAGAGCACAGGUCUCCAGGGGAGGAGGAGGCCAAGCCAAGGCACUGUCACGCAUAGGGAAUGCUGGGAUGGCUGGUAACAUUACUAACAUCUAAUCCUGUAGACAGGUCUCUCUUGGGAAAGAGGUCUUCUGACCUCAAUGGGACUUCCUGGUUAAAUAAAGGUUAAAUAAAAAAUAUACUGUAUAUAAUAUUGUAUGACACUGUGCAAGACCUUCCAUUUAAAAGGUCUUCAAAGAUUAAUGGAUGGCCCCAAAUGUCUUUAAUUUGAUACUGUUAAAUCAUUUUAGGGCUAUGUUUGGAUUUUUCCCACCGUAAGGAUGGUGGCUUGAUGCUAUACAUUCAAAAGAGUUUACAUCUGGUUUCUCUAUGGUCCGAUACCCCAUGUAGUUACUGGUGUGCUCUGACGUUUUUAACAAGUUGUUAAUGAAUAGAUGUUGUGCUGUUAACACUGAUUGGGUGUAGUCUCAGUUGGCUUCAGACAGAGAGUACCGAACACCUUUAGUAGUAUCUUACGUAGAGUAAGGGGCCCAAUGAAGUCUCAAUGGGAUUAAAUGCUAUGUCAGCACCUACCGGUUAGUACCUACUCAUUAGUCUACGGCUCUACGCCCAGUGGCAAAGCAUAGCCUCAGGAGAUACCUCUGUACAGAUUGCUGCUGUGUGCUGCACUUCACUAGGCUUCAAGUGCCUCAACUCCCUCUGCACUCCUCUCCUCUCCUCCCUCCCUUUCAUUACCCCCUCCUUCCCCUUCCUCCCUCUCCCCUCUCUCACCUUCUCCUUCCACUCCCUCUCCUCCCCUCCGUUUCUUCUCACUCUUUUCCCUCCUCUCCUGGCAUUCUUUCAGUGGAGGGGCUGACAGACGCUCGUCAUCGACAGGUACUCUGUUCCAGGUGGAUCAGGUUACCACAGUUGCCAGAGGAUUGUGCUGCUUAGGCUUAGUGCUACACAGUUGGAGGCUUUCAAACCGUUAGCCCUCCGCUCCGUCUGCUGCCACGCCAGAUAACUAUUAACUGAGACACCAACUCUUCAGACACCUUUAGACAUCCCCCUCUGGCUUCUCUUGACUAUGUCUCAUAUCUCCCCCUCAUUUUAUGACCUCUGCAGUUUGCACUGCUGAAAACCACUCCCUUGGUUCUAUUGCAUUGAUAUGAAUGUUAUUAGACUCAUACUUUUUCAGAAAUGAUCAUGAACUCUUGUAUUCUCCUGUGUCAACCCUUCCAUGCCAACAAACUUGCGUUUUGUUAUGUUGCUGUCAUAUCAUCAUAUAUAGUUUCCUUCAGUAAAAUCUAACUGACUGGGUGCAAAAAAGUAACUGCAGAAGAAGAUCCCUUAUUCCAAUUGACACUAAUGGUCUAUCUCCUCAUUCCUGGACCCAUUUCGGUGCAAUGAUAGUAAUGAUUGUUCUCUCUUCCUGUUUCAUUGCAGAUGUGGAUGAGUGUUCGGAGGGUAAUGGUGGUUGUCAGCAGAUCUGUGUCAACAUGAUGGGCAGCUACGAGUGCCGCUGCAGAGAAGGAUUCUUCCUGAGCGACAACCAGCACACCUGCAUCCAAAGGCCCAAAGGUUAGCCUUGCAUCCUCAACACACACACAUUCCAUUUAUGGUGCAAGAGAGGAUACCAGUAUGAGCUCAUUAGUCCUGCUCUCUGACCUGAGGGGGGACUUUAAACUGUUGGGGUCAUGACCUCAUUUUGGUUCCAUUCAGGGAAAGUAUCAUUUACACUGCAGAUGGUGAAUUUUCAGUAAGCCUUGUUUAGGGUUUUACUACAAGUCAUAGGCUAUAGGCUGAGUCCCAAAUGCCACAAUAUUCCCUAUAUAGUGCACCCAUAGGGAUCUGGUCAAAAGUAGUGCACUAUAUAAGGAAAAGGGUGCUAUUUGGGAUGUACACAUACUGUAGCAAUACUGCAGGCCUACAGGUAUGUAUUCUGUGACUGGUCUGAUAUGAUAGGGAAUCAAACCGGGUCUUUGACAUCAGGAUCCGCCCUAGCAGGCCUGCCCUGCAACAAAGGUGAACAAAGGUAAAAGUAUGAGUGGUUAGAAAACACCUGAGCUGUAAGGAAAGCUGUGUGUUGUUCUUUUCAGUCCUUUUCAAAUUGGACCGAUCUGAUCUGGCAGAGUCUGGCAGCUUUUUUAAAGCAUCAGUUGUAUGAAUGGCCUCGGGACAGCUGAGAUAAAGAAAGAAAGAUUAAUUGUGUAGCCAGAAGCGGGAACAAUACUUGUUUAUGGAGCUUUCCUUUGGAAUUGGGAUGGAUGUGUCAGAGAAGGGAAGGCGUGGAGCCAAUCUGUUCAGAGCCAUACAUAUACAGUGCCUUCAGAAAUUAUUCACACCCCUGGACUUUUUUUCACAUUUUGUUGUGUUACAGCCUGAAUUUAAAAUGGAUUAAAUUGAGAUUGUGUGUCACUGGCCUACACACAAUACCCCAUAAUGUCAAAGUGGAAUUAUGUUUUUAGACAUUUUUACAAAUUAAUAAAAAAUUAGAGCUGAAAUGUCUUGAGUCAAUAAGUAUUCAACUCCUUUGUUAUGGCAAGCCUCAGUUACAGUGUUUAAUGGCUGUGAUAGGAGAAAACUGAGGAUGGAUCAACAACAUUGUAGUUACUCCACAAUACUAAACUAAAUGAUAGAGUGAAAAGAAGGAAGCCUGUACAAAACAUGUAUCCUGUUUGCAACAAGGCACUAAAUUAAUACUGCAAAAUACGUCCUGAAUCAAAGCGUUAUGUUUGGGGAAAAAACAUUACAACAAAUUACUGAGUUCCACUCUUCAUAUUUUCAAGCAAUGGUGUUGGCUGCAUCAUGUUAUGGGUAUGCUUGUCAUAAGUAAGGACUAGGGAGUUGUUUAGAAUAAAAAGAAAUGGAAUAGAGCUGAGCACAGGCAAAAUCCUAGAGGAAAACCUGAUUCAGUCUUUUUUCCAACAGACACUGGGAGAUAAAUUCACCUUUCAGCAGGACAAUAACCUAAAACACAAGGCCAAAUAUACACCGGAAUUGCUUACAGUUUUGACUUAAAUCAGCGUGAAAAUCUAUGGCAAGACUUGAAAAUGGCUGUCUAGCAAUGAUCAACAAUCAACUUGACAGAGCUUGAAGAAUUUUUAAAUGAAUAAUGUGCAAAUAUUGUACAAUCCAGGUGUGCAAAACUCUUAGAGACUUACCCAGAAAGACUCACAGCUGUAAUCCCUGCCAAAGGUGAUUCUAACAUAUAUUGACUCAGGGGUGUGAAUACUUAUGUAAAUGUGAUAUUUCUGUAUUUAAUUUUCAAUACAUUUGCAAACAUUUCUAAAAACAUGUUUUCACUUUGCCAUUGUGGGGUAUUGUGUGUAGAUGGGUGAGAUUAUUAUUUUUAGUUUGACCCAUUUUGCAUUCAGGCUGUAACAAAAGAAAAUGUGGAAUAAGUCAAGGCGUAUGAAUACUUUCUGAAGACACUGUAGAUACCUGUAGAGGAACAGCAGCAAUGAAAUCCCCUCAUCAACUUGACUGAUAAGUACUAUUAUCAUGCUUUUAGUUUGGGUAGCAUGUCAAUUCAUGAAUUACAAGAUUAUUAUCACUGAAUACGUCUUACCCUGACAUUGAGAUGAACUGUGCUAUCAGAAAGCCACAAGGCCUCUUUCACAAGAUGCCAUUUUACCCUAUUGUUCAGCGAAAAUGUAGUCAUCAGUAUAGAAGGCCAGGGAUCUUGGAAGCAUGGUUUAUGAGAUCAAUCUGGCCUAGUGAACUGUGAAUGUUUACAUUUCAUAAGCACAGUGUUAUUUGAGUGUAGUAAAUGGCUGGAUCGUGUGUUUCAUUGGGAAGGGACUGCCCCCUCAGCUCCAGUGCUGUCUGUCUGUCUGUCUGCGAUACCAUCCUCAGGACCAGGCACCUAGCUCUCUCUCUCUCUCUCUCUCUCUCUCUCUCUCUCUCUCUCUCUCUCUCUCUCUCUCUCUCUCUCUCUCUGUCUGUCUCUCUCCCUCUCUUUCGCUCUCUCUCGAUAAAGUACCCUGUUAAUGUUCCAUUUGUCAUGUUAAUAUUGGUUUCAUUGCUUCCAGAUGAGCUCCAUUUGGACGGAGAGAUUAAAGCUGCCAUACAUCUACAAACUCACUCACUCAACAGAUCACCGCCCUGUCAUUUUUUCAUUAUUCUAGAAAAAACAUUCGGAACAUCUGCUUAUUAUUAUUACAACAGUGUGUGCUAAGAGGAAAAGGGAAGUGAAGGAGGAAGCCAGUCCGCCGAGUUAUUGAACAAUAACCCUGACUCAUCCUCAGCAUUAACAUUCUUGCUUAUUGAAAAAUGAUGUUUAAGUGUCAAAGGCUACACUAAAAGUCAUAGAGAGAAAAUAUGGAAUUAAACAUGAAAUAUUAUUGAGUGUCUUUACCAAGUCUGCUUAGAGGAGACCCUCAGUACUUCCUAAAUACGGCCCUGGCCAGCCCUCCUCUUACACGCGCUAGGCCUGGGGUGCAGUUAGCUCAUGAGUUCUAUCACCCUCAUUAAAAAGACAUCAGCUUCCCAUUCCUUUCAUCAUUGGAUCAGGUGUUCCCCGGGUGAGUUAGGGAAUGGAGAGGCUGAUAAGGGACGUUGCAGCUGGGCUGGGGCAGGGGCUGGGCACUAUCAGGCUAUUCCCCUGCUGGCUGAGAGCCCUUGUUAGUAGAGAGCUUUGCCAAUUAGGCAGCAGGGAGCUGCCAGCCUCCACAGCUAAUGACAAGGUGUCUGCUGCUUGCCUGGCUGUCUCUUAUUAGACCCCCCCCCCCCCCCCCCCCCCCCAUGAAAGGAAUGAACAACUCUCCGUCCAAAUAAAGGCUCCCAUCGUUUCGCUGGACAGAAUGUAACAGUUAAUUUAUUCUCCCCAAACAUUUCUUCCCAGUCAAGACAUAAAGUCUUUGAAAGACCAGCCAAGGUGCUUAGCGGUUGAUAGGAAUGCCAUUCAGGUCAGUGAGGGUUCCACUUAUUUGUGGUUUUCUUUUUUUUUGGGGGGGGGGGGGGGGAUAACAGGGUCCCUGCUACCCACAUAUGUGUGUGAGAUUGAGUCUGGCAGAUGGGAAUGCCUCCUUCAGGAAUUCCGUGCUGCUCAGUCAACUCAGACAUCUAUAAUUUUAGUUUCAGUAUGUUUUAAAAUAUCCAGUAUGACAGUACCUAUGGUGUACACUGAUGGGCUAUAUUCCAUUUCAGACUGUCUACUUGUUUAACUGGCAAACUGCUGAUUUUUCAACAUUCAUUACACCAAAACGUAACAUAAUAUUGUAGAGAAAAUAGGUAUUUAUUGUAGCAUGCAGCGUGUAUAUGGUUGUUCUAUACCUACACUGAUGAUUAUAAUCUCCUAGAGCAGAUGUUCUGUGGGAACCCAUUAGAGCCUUUCAUCAGAGAGACGAGAACAGAUAUUAUUUUAAUGACCUCACACUCCCAAUCACACAAUCAAACUGAUCAAAUGACAGAUGCUUCAUGACACAAGGCCUUGGCAGCGCAUGACACAGUACCCACAAUUACUUGGUUACUGCACUCUCAUCGAUGUAGUCUCAGGAUAUCAGGUUUACAGAGAUCUUGGAGAGGGCCAUGAGAAUUGUGUGGUAUACACUAAUCAUACCAAUCAAUGUGCUAUAGUCUUGAAGUGGGUUGUUGGCUGACAAGUGUCUAGCACAUAAUUUUCCUCAGCUCUUUCAAACAUGGUUACCAUAGCUACAUAUACAUUCUGUUGAUUAAUCAGAUAAUAUAACUAAAUGUCCUUUGUUUGCAAUAUUACACUGGACGUUUACCACUAAAUUCACAUCCAGUCAUUUCUAGUCAGCUACCUGACCAUUGGGAUGACCAAUGAAUUCCUAAUAAUCUCUUCCCUUUACUGUAGAACAUGACUAUCUUUGCCAUUCCUGGAAAUGUUUACUUCGUCAUUGAAAACCACUUCCUGUGUUUGGAGCUUUCAUUAGCUUCCCAGGGGGGUUGUUUGCCCUUGUGCAAUGAGACUUGCUGGCAGGGUCUCUCAUCUCAUCUAACACACACACACACACACACGCACACAGACACACACCCAGACGCAUGUGCACACACACAUACAGACGCAUGCACACACUCAAGCAUGAAUAUAGGCACACACGCGCACGCAAACACACACACACAUGCACGUACACAAGAGUUUUUAAUUUACUUUAGCUUUAGGCACAGUUUUUGAGACACAUUCUAUUAUAGCAUUUGGAGGCAGAACACGACAUGUGUACGUCAGGACAUUUGAUUUCAUGUCCAGGCCAUAACUGCAGCAGGAAUUUUGCCAUAAAUAUGAUCAAAUCCAUUACACAUGGUGGCAUCAUAGUUUUGCUGCUUCACUGCGGCUACAUUAUUUUUGUAUGAGAGAAGCUGAGAUAGGUGCCAGUGAUCCCUGACUUGAAACAUUCUUCAUCACCAGGGGACAUGUAACCCACUUGCUUUAACAGAGUAGCAGCUAAUUGUCCCUAAUUUAUCAAACUCCUUUAUCUGUGUUGCCAUGGAGAGUAUCAGGUGCUUGUUUUAUACACGGCACACAGGACUAUGACUGUUAUUUCUAUUUCUGGUUAUUUUCUAUAAGCGUUGAUAGAUUAUUUGUAUUCUUAAAUGUUUCCCAUUAUAUGAUAUGGUGUGCCAUGGCUGGCUAUAGGCAGUCGUGUGAAAAGAGAAGCCUCUCUUUCUCCUGCCUGGAGCCCCUACUGUGAAGGGCUUGUAGUGUCCCUUCCCUUCCCAUUCCUGGAGCUGGAUCUCAGCAUGCCUGCCUGUCUGGCUCUAUGCUGGCCGCAGAGCUGUUUUUACAAGUGCAGGAGUGGCUGCUCCAUUGCUAUGCAGCCCGACCGUAUAACUAGGCUCUUUUCCUAUUCUGGGGAAGUGGAGCGAGUGGAACGUCCCGCACUCCCAUGGCUACCUAUUAAUUCUCACCAUUAGUCCAGCAUCAAAGACUGUUUCUCUAUGAGACCUACAGGACGCUGCCCCUCUCCUCCAUUCUGGCUUUUUCUCUCUCUCCCUCUUACUUUCUCUUUCUCUGCAAUUCUCUCCCUCUCACCCUCUUUUUCAUUCCUUCUCUCUCACUCUCCUUCAUCCUCUCACUCUCUCUCUCUCUCCCUCCCUCGCUCUCUCUUUCGCUCCUCACUCUCUUCCUCUCUCUCCCCCUCUCCCCCCUCUCUCUCCCUCCCUCUCUCUGUCUCUUUUACUCCUCACUCUCUUCCUCUCUCUCCCCCUCUCCCCCCUCUCCCCCCUCUCUCUCCCUCUCUCUGUCUCUUUCGCUCCUCACUCUCUUCCUCUCUCUCCCCCUCUCCCCCCCUCUCUCUCCCUCUCUCUGUCUCUUUCGCUCCUCACUCUCUUCCUCUCUCUCACCCUCUCCUCUCCCCCCUCCCCCCCUCUCUCUAAUUCUCUCUCAUCUCCAUUUCUAAUUUACCUUCAUUUGCUAUCCCCUCUUUGUCUAGACUGGGCUUUCAUUGGCCCCAUGGCUCCCCACGCUUCAACAAAUAUAUACAUCAGUGGCUUGGGCUCUACCAAGUUUUGGCUGCCCUACUGCUGAAUCCUCCAUACUUCUUUUGUGGCGGGCAUCCCUUUUCAUAGUCGGGUUUGUUGAAGGCCAUUUCUAAGCUAGCUGGGCCAGCAUGCCGCAGUGGACUGCCUUAGUGUCAGUGGGGGUUUUCCACUAACACUUUGUCGUCAUUGCUUUACCCAGAGGGCCAGCCUGAAUCCUGUCUCCUUCUCCUGUCAGACAGACGGCUGCUUUCAGCUGGUCUACCUUUGAUUUCAGAAAGAAUGUGGCAUUGAAAUGACAUUUUUCUUUUUAUUUAAGAGAGAGGAUGGCCUCCUUUAUUUGUGCAGGUAUUCUGGUAAGCCUCUGGUGUGUUGUGUUGCUCUAUUUUGUUCUGUGUGCUGUGUGCCCUUCUCUGUCGGGGGGGGGAGGGGGGACGAUGGAUUGGUGGUCCGCUGGGAGAGGGAGAGCAGAGGUGACCUUGAAAUUAUGAGAGGAGGAGUGAGAGGGAGAGGGGCAUGUCCCACAGUAGCAGGGUUUUGGAUGUUUUAACUGUCUUAAAAUAAUGCUUUUUAUUCAUUGAUGAAAAUACCAGUUGAUGGAAAUAAAUUUCACCAUCAUGCUUAUCGGUCAAUAGGUUAAUUUUCUUAAUUUAGUGGAAUUAAAUGUGCCUGUGUCCAACACAACUAUCACACUCGCACAGCAUAAAGAGCCUAUUUUGAGCGAGACUUCUCCUGCUGCUCCUCAGCUGGUUGCUGCUGGAGUAAAACAUGUGCUUUUAUAACUCCAUUCAUUGCGCAACAAUUCUAAAUGAAUGGUACAUUUACUAUUGGUGACAUAUGGAAUGGGGAAUUGAUUAAAUAAAUCAAAACUCAAAGGGCAAACAUUUCACACAAUGAAACAAUGAAUGCACAAGAAUUAGCGUGAGACAGCUGAGCCAUUCUGGAGAGAGACUCGUCUAUAUCUUCGCCAUACACCCCUCCCUUUCUUCUUGUCUCAACAUUUUAAAUUGUACUCAAGACAUUAUCAUCACACAUAUUUUAGAUGCUUUUCACUAACAGCCGCUGUUCAAUAAUCAGCUAGCCUAUUGCCAGGCGCUCUGCCCAAAUAGGCAUAGACCUACAAACUAUUAUUUCCAUUUACCUCCCUAUUGAACCCACCGCUAUGCCAUUUCUCUCCUGUUCUAUUGGUUUUCAUAUCAACUUUCUUUCGUUGUCCAGAAGUCAAAGGCACAAUCCUAGUCAUAUUAGCAACCCAUCCCCCUCUUUUCUAACAGAGAUUUUCAUCUCUGUCACAUAUGGAACCGCUAUCAGGUGUGCUGUUUAGAAUGGUGUUUUCCCGUUAAUUGCAUUUUGGCAAAUGUUUGAAAAUGACGUUUUAUUGUCUGCUUCAUUACAUGAGUUGCAUGUUUUGUUAAGAUGCAUUACCAUCAUCUAAAUGUGAUUUCUGUCAUUCUGAGCACCGUGGGUGGACGCCCUAAUGGGUUAUGCACCCAAUACAUAUGGGUCUGGUAAAUUUCUCAAAUGGCCGGUAAAUUAAAAUCUUCCCGGUCACGUUGUCUGGCACCACAUUUUCCUAACGGAAAACCCUGCACUACAGGGGCUGCAGAAUAGACACACAUACAGAUGGAUGCAGUCACAAACACACACAUGCAUGUAAACUUGCGUGCGCACACACACACAGUAUUCACACUGAAAGGCACAUAUACACAAAAUAAUACAAAGACAUACACACCAUCAACAGCAACAACAAUAACAACAACAUCAAGAACAGCAACAAGAAAUAAACCAUACACCCACAGGUAGAGAAGCAGAGACAAGUGAGAAAAGCCUUCAAAAUCAUGUCUUAUCUAGUCUCUUAAACCAAAAGUAUUUAAACCACUUAGCUAUACAAUAGUUAGGAUCAUUAGGAAACUAUGCAAGUAUUGUUUUGGAAACAUAGUAUAGAAAUAAUGUCAUUAGGUUGUUGGUAGUUUAGGUGCCUUUCAUCCUAACCACAGACAUGCAGAUGUAUCCUAUGGGAAAAUAUAAUUCCACAAUCAACUGCCACUUUCCCUGGCUGGGACUGUUUAUGCCCUCUCUCUCUUCCCAAUAAGUGAAUAAGCUGCUGCUGUAACUGGGCCUUUGGGAGUUGAAGGGAACCAACGGUUGGAAGAAGGGCCCAAACAGUAGCACUUGGCUCAGUGGGCUGGCUCUGCUGUCUCUUUGAGGGCAGCCGCUUGCCGUCGGGACGGCGCUAGGUCGCGACGCGGACCCCCUGGAUGCCCUGUUGCUCCCCGGGCCCAUCUGCACCCUGGCCCGGUCCCGGCUCCCUCUUCGGCUCCUCUCCGCCUUUUCCAUGCGCUGACAUUUUUAUCCUCCUGUUAAAAAGUUUUAACGGCCCAUUAUCUAAGAGGAAGGAAUGCUGCUUUAAUUGCCUGGUCGCUCUAUGUUUAGGCCCUGUUCCCCUAGCAACCAACAGUGCCCGUACGCCGCAUCGCUACGGCAGCCAGCAUCAAGUCCAUGGGGCUUUCCUCUCCCCUCCAGGGGCUUCUGUCCUGUAUGACGGAGUCUGGGCCCCUACCGUACAACGAGUCCUCCUUUUACCAGCCCAAACUUUUAUACUGACUACGCCAAUAAAACCCCAGCAUGAGCUACCACUUUACAAUCUAUUGCGUGGGACUCUCCACUACAUGGCCCCUAAAGUGGAACUGACCAGGCCCUCAUGUUGUUGGGGAGCUCUGGUGAAGAGGCUCCCUGGAUUAGGGCUUUGUUCCAGGAGCCCAACUGUCUCCACCGCAGUGAGAAUUGGGGACUAUAUAACAUGUUUCUUCUUUAUUAGCUGAGGGCCACUUCCCACAUGUCAUUUUCAACAUGCUGCAGUGCUUUGCAUUGCAAGUUUUAAGUUGACCCAUUUGGGAUAGUAGCCAAUAUUGUAGCCAAAGUUGGAAUGUUUUGUCCUGCAAAACAUUUACAAAUAAUUUACAGAAACAAAAGGCUGCCUUAAUCCUACUGUACCAGUCUAUGGCUAUGAUUGUAUCAAAUUAAUUUUACAACCUGUUGUAUAUGACAGGUUGUAAUAACAAUUUCCUAAAUUUCUCCAUUUAGUUGAUAGUUUUAAUGAAGUGCUACAGUGAGCUACAGAGGUAUUGCGACAGUGACACAUUUUGUUGUUGUUUUGGCUCUGUACUCCAGCACUUUGGAUGAAAUGAUAACUAUAAGGUUAAAGUGCAGCCUUUCAGCUUUAAUUUGAGGGUAUUUUUAUCCAUAUCGGGUGAACAUUUCUUGAUAAAUGUUUUGCUUCUUUUACUUUGUUAAACUGCACUUUAAAAGCCUUAGCCUUGAGCCUGAACACGGUUGUGUCUAGAGCUGGAGCAGGGAGGGAGAGGUUGGUUCUAGAUUGUUUAGCUUUGGGCUGCUGCGGUGGCACUGCAGUACAGUAGUCCCUGAGUUACAAGCCUCUCCUGAGUGUCUGGUGUGCAGGUCACGACCUGGUUGGGUGGAUACUGCUGCUGUGGCUACGUCGCUUCUGGGGAAAAGCUCUCUCCUUCUCUUGCUGUUCUUUGCGCUAAUUGCCGGGUGUUCUUUUUUCUACCACUGCAGUCAGUGGUUUUCGAUGAUCGUUCUCCGUGUUCAAUAGUGUGAGAACCAAUGUCUAGUCUGACCCCUGGUAACCAUUUGGAAGGUUCCCCUCUGGCUCCAUGACUUUAACCCAUAUUGCUUAUCCAGCGGUCUGUCUAUAAAGUGCCCUGUGAUAUUUGUAUUGGUUUCUACAUAUAGAGUUAUGUUUUAUGGGUCUUGUUUCAGUGGACCGGCGGUGUUCCUUAUUUUCCUCCAUCACUUCUCCCAGCUACUUUGCGAUGGGCCAUUUUUCUUUCUGCAUCCCUAUUAUUUAUUUAUAUUUCAUUUCUCGACAAGAGACCCUGCAUAAAUUAUAAUAGCUGUAGUAGUAAUGAUAAAAACUGUAGGUAUUUGGCAGCCAGUUGAAGGGAACUGCAGAGGGUGGUUCCAUAGCUUGGCCAGGGAGAAAAGGACCAUUGUGUCAGCACUUUGGCUUUUAUAGGUCCUCAGAGAGAACAGGGCCCAGGUUCUGGCUCUGGCCCGGUCCGCUAUUGAUGGAUUGGUCUGUGGUAUUAGGGGAGAGGGGUGUCAUAUAGGUCUCAUAUAGGUGGGGAGAGAGUGGGGGGACUUUGGGGAUGCAUGUUGUGACCCUGGUAAGUGAUCUUGAGUCUCUUAGGGGCUGCCAAGUGGGAAACUCUACCCCUCUCCGUCUUCACAGACCUCUCUGUCUGUGUGUUGGGUUCACCUCCCUUCUGUCUGUGUGUUGGGUUCACCUCCCUUCUGUCUGUGUGUUGGGUUCACCUCUCUUCUGUGUGUUGGGUUCACUGUCUGUCUGUGUGUUGGGUUCACUGUCUGUCUGUGUGUUGGGUUCACUGUCUGUCUGUGUGUUGGGUUCACCUCCCGUCUGUCUGUGUGUUGGGUUUGGCAAUGAAUUCCAACUUCUGCUUGAGUUUCCCACCGCCCUGACCUCCUGAGGUUUGCUGCACCUUAAAGAGGGUGUGUUGUUAUAUGGUCAGUGGACUCCAGUCAUCGUCCCUGUACUUAAUGUGUCUCAACGGCUGUGGUGGUGGAAUGGGUUUUUUGUUCCGAGUUGACCCUCUGUCCUCGGUCUGUUUUUGCAGUCAGUGUCUGAUUGCUCAGCCUCUACCAUCUUUCUGACUGGGCCAUCACCCCUUUUUACGGAUCAGGAAAGCAAAAGCUGGGAAGCCUGACAGAAAGGCUGAAGCCUGACAUCGUAACACCUCUUAACAGACUUUAGGUGAUGGACAACACUAAUGCAACACAUCAACAUCAGCUAGACAAAAAGUAGAGAGGGACUGUCUCUCUGACAUCAGCCUAACUAAGUGAAACUAAAUAAAAGGGCCAGUUCAGUUUGUUGGCACAACACAUGGAAAACAAGAGGGUGUAAUUAUGGAAGGCUAUGAAGGCAGGCGUUAAAGUAUAUAAAUAAGGCAUUAAGGAUAAAACUAGGCUCAGCUCUUGUCUCUUUGCCAUGGUUCGUCAGCACAUUUACAAUGAUAGAAUGUUCUCAUCAUCACAUCAUACAGUAUGUCCACAGGGCACGCACAUGAAAACUGUAGAAUGAUUGUCCAUGUACAGUACAUUGCAGUACAUAUGGAAUGUAAUAUAUAAUAAUAACAUAUACAAAUUAGCAGACAUCUUUAUCCAAAGCAACUUACAGUAGUGCGUGCAUACAUUUUUGUAUGGGUGGCCUGUAAGACUUUUGGCCCUUGGGCAUUCUGAGAUGUACUUACAGUCAUGUGCGCAUGCACUGACAAAAAAAGGUGAUUUACAAUAUGAAUGUGUGUGACUGGAACAGUAUACAGCGCUGAAGUGUAGACCCAAACAUCCUUCUGAGUGUCAGCAGGUCCAAUGAGACCUGGGUUUUGUCCCAAAUGGGCCCUUGUCAAAAGUAGUGCACUAAAUAUGGAAUAGGGAGGGACAGGGGUGGGGGAUUAGAGAUGUGUUUGGUUUUUAAUGAGACAGUGGGUUUGGGGCUUGUCACUACAGCUGUAAUAGUGACACUGUCUCACAUUGCAUGGAGUCAAAUCUCUGCCUGUGAUCUCUAAAGGUGUCAUCCAUAAUACAUAGUAGCAUAACAGAUGUGCCACUGACUCCUGUUAUAAUUUAUAACACAAGUGAGAUCUGGGAUGGAACCCUCUUGAGUCAUGGACGGUGUUGUACAAGUGACCUUCAUACAUACAUGAGAUCAAAAUGCUGUAUCUGCAUGGCACUUUGAGUUUAGCUUUGAAUGGCUAAAACACUCAGCUAUUGUAAGAUGGCUGUAUAUAAUGGAGUCCAACAAAAGCAUCCCUUUGUUGUGUUUGGAGAAACAAUGGAUCCAUGCAUCCACAGUAAACGGACCCAUUUGAACUGAACCAAAGCAUUGAGGUUAGAGUGUAGUAAACCUCUGGAAAUAGGCUGUGUUUUUAGGCCUCUCCCCUCACGCCUCGGAGUUUGAAGAAUUUGGCUGAAAGUUGAAAUGUCUCCUUUGUGUCCUCUUUUCAGUUAGGGAUUACCUCAAUUAAGCUUACAGGACUGCAGGAUCAACUCCUGGUGGGAGUUACAUCCUUUCUCUAGGCGGGCUAGUUUUUAUAGCCUGGCACAAUGCAGUGUGUUCUAACAGGCUAUCAUCAACACUGGAAAUUUGGAACAGGGGCAAUUGUGGAUGUCAGUCACCAGGAGUAGACAGGGUUAGGGAGUCUGUGUGUGUGUGUAUGCGUGUGCAGGAGGAGGCUGGUGGGAGGAGCUAUAGGAGGAUGGGCUCAUUGUAAUGACUGGAAUGGAAUCAAUGGAACGGUAUCGAACACAUCAAACAUAUGGAAACCACAUGUUUGAUUCCGUUCCAUUUCUUCCAUUCCAACUAUUACAAUGAGCCGGUCCUCCUAUAGCUCCUCCCACCAGCCUCCUCUGAUGGAGGCGUGGGAUCUGGACAAGGAGUAGUUAGUAGCACAUAGUGUAAAUCUAUCAGGUCACCUCUAACUCACUUCUCCCUCUCUGUUUUCUCUCUGCAGUGCGAUCAGAGGGCACCAAAGAGGGCCCCACCUGCAUGGAUAAGAACCAUGGCUGUGCUCACAUCUGCCGGGAGACACCAAAGGGAGGCAUUGCCUGCGAGUGCAGACCUGGCUUCCAGCUCACCAGGAACAUGAGGGACUGCAAAUGUAAGUGGGCCCCCUGCUCCUCUCUACACAUGAUGUAGAGUCAUUAUAGUAUUGCUCCAUAUAAACCACUUAUUAUCAUGGAAGGUGGAGCAGAUCAUUCAGCUCAUUCUACAAAUACCUUCCAAUAGAUGCAUCCAACAGAUUUUUAAAACAGUGCCAGAAACAAACAUUUUACAUCAGUUAUUUCCAAAUGAAACUGCCAGUUUAUCACACCAAAUGAUUUAUAGCGUCUGAUAAUCGACACAAAUAGAGUAACUAAGGGAGCGGUCAGCAGGUUUCUGUGAGACAGAGCCAUUGUGAUGGACAGCACAUGCUUCCUGUUGCCUUCCAACAGGGCUCAUCCUGUCAGGGCUGGGGCCGGGGCUGAUGGGGGAUUUGCCUGUGUUUGGAUAAGGAUUGGAGAAGUGUUAUAAAAAAAAAAAUGUGACAGCCCAGGAAAAGGGCAAAAGGUGCGGGGGUAGUGGAAUGCAGACAUCAGGAUGGAGGAUGAAGCCUUGGCUCUCACCCUUUGGCAGUCUGACAUCGCAGGUGUAUUUAGAAUGCUAAUGUCGACACAAUCAACACACCACAAACAGACUCACGCAUGUGCACACACACACACAUAAACACACAAACACACACACUAAAGAAGCGGUACUCUCAUUCCAAUGUGGAACUACAGUAGUGUUUUCAAGUGAGAAUAAAACCCUGAACUCGGCAGUUCUGCUCCAUUCCACUAAGUAGGUGAUGGUUUAGGGGUGUGAGAUCCUUCACACCAAGGUGUAAAUGGGAGGACUGCCUAAACGUCUCCAUCAUACUGAGGUUGAGAGGGUGAUGGUGUCACAGCACACGGACGACUGUGCAGCAUGUUCCUACUGCUCUAACUGUGUGCUCCUUGGCAGUGACCUGUAACUACGGCAACGGGGGUUGCCAGCACAUCUGUGAGGAGACGGACCACGGCCCCAGAUGUGCGUGUCACAUGAAGUUUGCCCUGCACACUGAUGGAAAGACAUGUGUAGGUGAGUCAGCACACAUUUGACGGGUUGUGGGGGAUAACUAAAUGAAGGAUGUGCUCUGAGAUAGAAUAUUACAUGUACUGUAUCAAUCAUAUCCACAACCUUACUCACAUAUUACCAGGUAGUUCCAGAGGCAUCUGCAUCUCCAAGUCGCCUUCUGCUGCUUCAGCUAUUACACACAAAGACAAAAGCUGUGCCUCUCUCUGCUGCUACUGCUGCAGUCUACAGCUGUGACCUUAUUCUAGGCUUUUUGGCAGCAUCAACAGUCUUGAGUUUCUCCACCGAGCUCUUCUCUCUCUCUCUCUCUCUCUCUCUCUCUCCUCUCUCUCUCUCUCUCUCUCUCUCUUCUCUCUCUCUCUCUCUCUCUCUCUCUCUCUCUCUCUUCUCUCUCUCUCUCUCUCUCUCUCUCUCUCUCUCUCCUCUCUCUCUCUCUCUCUCUCUCUCUCUCUCUCUCUCUCUCUACAUUUGCUUUGGUCUUUCCUCUCUCCCUGCUUUGCUGGACACUGUGCUUCCUCUGCUUCUGCUUCACCACCCCAUGUAGCCAGAUGCAGCUCCUCUACUCUCUUAGGCCUUUGGUCAACUCCUCAAUUAUGUUACACUAAAAGUAUACCUAAUCAAACCCAAUCUAAACCUUCAUUGACAUUUGUAAAUGUUGUUUGCUUCGGUUGACAUUAAGUAAUUAAAUAGAGGCUGUGUAGAAUGACCCAUGGAAAGAGACACGUUGAACCAGACUGACUGGUGUUUUCUGUCAGGUGGAUAUAUAGUAUAUUUGUAGUUCACCUCUUGGCGUUUUGUAAGUGAAUUGAGGCUGUGUGUAGGCUGGUUGGCUGGUUUCGGUGGCUGGUUGACUGGUUUGGGCGGCUGGUUGGCUGGUGUCGGUGGCUGGUCAGCUGUUUUGGUUGACUGGUUGGCUGGUUUCAGUGGCUGGUUGUCUGGUUGGCUCAGUGUGUCUAGUCCCCCCCUCUCCACCAUGGUGCUGAUGAGAUCCAGGCCCAUGUCAAGGCCUGGUCAACCACCCUAUCAUUACCACCGUACUCUAGCGAGGCUGCCAGGACGCCACAAAGUCUGCUGUGGCCAAAUUCAAUGUCUGAGCCACCAUUACCAAGACGAAGAGAACUGCGCCUGACGUGACAGAUUAGGGAGCGCUCAGGCAGUUAGAGUCUUGGGUUUCCCUCCACAGGCUCUGGGGGUACGGUGGAUUGCAGUGGGGGGAGACAAGGGGGACGGGGAGUUGUGGUAGCAGCCCACUCUGCGGUUUGGUGCUGGUGCGCUCCAUCUCUCCGAGAGGCGCUAUUAGUUAAUAAAACCACAAUAAAAUAAACAAACCACCAAACGAGCCCCUGACAACGGGCUGACUGACAGGAUGAUUGGGACUGCUUCAGCCAGGCACUAACAUUACUAAAGACAGCCAGACAGGACAGAUUGGGAGAUGGAGACUCCCAGUGA